CAACCAUGGAUGAAGACCUCUAUCCCAUCCACCGUUUUGUUAGAACAUCUUUCAUCUAUAAUAUAUAUAUAUAUAUAUAUAUAUAUAUUCAUCUUGCAUAAAUGUCUUGAUUCCACUCCUUGACUUUUCCUGUUUGAAGUAUAUCAAUAUUUACUGUCUUUCCCAUAUUCUUUUCUUUUGCUGUGUCUAACGACUAUUCAACUACUUGAUCCAGAUUAACGGUUUCACCAUGUGUCAAGGCAAGCAACACGAGUUUCUCCAGGCUCUGCCAAAGUGUGAGCAUCAUAUGCAUUUGGAAGGCUCUCUAUCUCCAGAACUCCUCUUCACCCUCGCCCGCCGCAACAACAUUGACCUCCCCUCGAGCGAUCCCGCCUUCCAAUCACCAUCCUCUCUUCUAGCACGCUAUCGUCAAUUCACCUCUCUCGAUGACUUUCUCCACUACUACUUCAUCGGCAUGUCGGUCCUCAUGUCCGCCGCCGACUUUGAAUCCCUGACGUACGACUAUUUCCGCAUCGCCCACUCCGACGGUGUUCUGCACGCCGAGGUCUUCUUCGACCCUCAGGUCCACAUGCAUCGCGGCGUGCCGUACGCCGCCGUGGUCGAGGGAAUCACUCGUGGUCGAGAACGUGCCAUGGCGGAUUUUGGCAUUUCUAGCGAAAUCAUCGUUUGUGUGUUGCGCCACUUGCCCGUCGAGGACGGACAUGCCAUGUAUACCGAGCAUGCGGUGCCGGAUCUUGAGGUUGGAAGGGUCAAGGGUCUGGGUCUGUCGAGUACUGAGUUGGGGAAUUUGGGGACCAAGUAUACGUCCAUUUACUCUGAUGCCGAGAACAGGGGGUUCAAUCUCACGGCUCAUGCGGGCGAGGAAGGCGGUGUUGAGUAUAUGGCUUCCGCGCUCUAUGAUCUCCAUGUCACGCGCGUGGAUCACGGUAUCAAGCUUGGACACUCACCGGAACUGAUGCGCGAAUUCGUCGACCGGAAUAUCCUGGUCACCUUAUGUCCGAUGUCUAAUGUUGAGUUGAAGUGUGUGACCAAAAUAGCUGACCUGCCUCUACGUCUCUAUCUGGAUCAAGGUGUCAAGUUCAGCAUCAAUUCGGACGACCCGGCGUAUUUUGGCGGCUAUAUUCUGGAGAACUACUGUCAGGUGCAAGAUGCGUUUUCGUUGACAAAUCAGGAAUGGGGUGUCAUCUGUGGCAAUGCCAUUGAAGGGAGUUGGUGCACCGAGGAGAGGAAGAGUCAUUUGAGGGAAAGGCUUGCCAGUGUUUUGCAGAUGUUUGAACAGCGUUGAUGCAAAUGUUGAUUCGUUUGGAGAAUUGCGCAGUCAUGUCAUCUCGUCUCAUGCUAUUUGAGAUCCAAUCAUAGCAGCGCAAGCAUGAGGACUGACUUGUCCUGAGGAAAAGGCUGACGAUGAUUUAUUUGGCCUAUUCCAACAUGCAUAAACCAUCUGUAUCAUUAUCAAUGGGGGUAUCUCCUCAACCUAGAUGAAGAAUGCCAUGAACAAUAC